AUGGUCCGCACGCGGCCGCCCCAGGACGCUGCGCUGGUGGUGCACGAGUCCACGCCCGACCGACGGCCGAGCUGGGGCCGGCGGACGCUGCUCACGCUUGCCUUGCUCAGCGGUGUGCUGCUGUUCAGCAGCGUCCAGAUGUUGCAGUACCCGGCCGGGCCUCUGCCAGACGCCGACCUCGGCACCAGGAAGGCCGGCGACUGGGCCGGCCCGACGGCUGGAGUCAGCACGGCUCAGGGGGCCGCAAACCAGACUGGACUGGAGACUGGGGACAGCAGUGGACGGGAGACCGCGGACUCGGUGGGUCUGGAGAUCGGCACUUACUACGGUCGAGCACUGCACGAGAUCUACGACAGGACGGUGCCAUCCACAGCCUGGCUGAACACAUCCCGCUGCUCGGGAUACCGAACCUGGUUCGCUAAGCGGAGAACAAUGAACCAUUUGGUCUACCUGGCAUCCCACCCUCGAUCUGGCAACACGUGGUUGCGCUUUCUCAUCGAGGCGUCGACCGGAGUUUUCACGGGAUCCGUUCAGUACACGAGGCGGAAGUCCACGGACCGUGACGCCACGUUGGUCAAGCUCAAUUUCACAGCCGACCACUACAACGAGCCGCAAUUCUCAUGGGGCAGUGAGCUGUGGCCUUACAAGGCGACACCACACAAUUCGGAUAACGACGCGGAGCUUUUCCGAGCCGGCUUCCUUGGGGAGGCGCAAGACAUAUUCAGCCAGAAUGUCAUCGUCACGAAGACGCACGAUAUUCCAUUUCCGCGAGAUAUUAAUGAUACGGCGUACGAGGGUGUUCCGAGCAAGGCGAACCUGGCGGCGUACCCGAUGGACAUCACAACACGGCGAUCGAUCCUCGUCAUCCGGGACCCAUUCAGCGUCAUGGUCUCAUCGUGGCACUACCAGUUCUCCAGCUCUAUCCACGUGGAGAAUGACGCUCACCCUCGAGACCACUUUCGGGGAGCAGCUUGGCAAGACUUUGUUGAGUAUCACGCAAAGCACUGGCUCCGAUUCAACACACGUUGGCUCGAACAGAUUGAUGAUCUUCUUGUGAUAAGCUACGAGGUCUUAAAGUCGGAACCGUGGACCCAGCUGCAGCGGGUGCACACCUUCCUGGGCGUGUCGCCGGACCCCGGGCGGAUGCGGUGCGUGCGGCAGCACGGCGAGGGCGUCGCGCACAACCGGCGCCACCCGGUGCGGGCCGAGCUGGUAUACUCACGCCGCCAGCAGUUCGUCGUGUGGACGGCCAUCCACCAGCUACAGCUGGAGCUCAGCCGACGCCGGCUGCCGCCGCUGCCGCUCGACCGCUUCCUCUUUCAGGAAUUCCGCUUCUCCGGGGUCCCGGCGGCUGACGGCGCCGGUAACGUCACCGGCGCCACCGGUGACGUGACCUACGCCACCGGCGACGUCAUCGACGUCAGCUGAGCGCUGAAGCGUUCAAGCCCGCGUAGGCGGCGAGGUUUAAUAAGGACGGGAAAACUGUCCUGGUGCGGCCAUGGAGGCAAGAGCAAGAUCAGCGUUGCGUUAUGCUCAAGGUUUAAAUCGUAACUGCGUUGCGCUUUGAGUGCAGUGCUACGCACGGGUGCGUGCCACCAAGAGAUCAGAAACGCCAAAGCUUUUAGAGA